UGGGAUUAACGGUUAAUGUAAUAAUCAAAAGAACACCUUAUACUUAUUCGUAGGGUCAAACGUGCCUUAAAGUAUAUGGCGGUAGAUUACUGUUUUGAGACAGUUUAUUGUGUGGGGGCGGGGUUAACCGCAUAGAAGUGGGCAGGGACAGACCCCGGAGGUUAUAUAAAAGCUUUACGGCGACGCUCAAGCAGCGUCUAUUACAGCACAAGUGAGGAUUGAAUUUGCUCGCUGACUGGGCGGUGGGUGGAAGAGAUCGGCGUUAAGGCUGGAGUUACACGGACAGCAAACGGGGAGUCCCGUUUAAAAGCCCGAUUCGCCGUCAGGACGUUGGUUUCAGGCCCCAUCUCUCCGUCGUCUUUCUGAGUUCCGGAGUGAGGGCACCUUCCGUCAUCCGCAUCCCGACGAAGCUGAUCUAACCAAAAACCGACGACAAAAUGGUGCAGAAUAAGAUCAACGAAGUCACCGGAUUUCACCGCUCGUUUAAGGGUCAGAAUCCCUUCGAGUCGGACGACUUCACCAAAACAGGCUCCCAUCUCCAUGAAUCCGCCUUCAAUUUCGAUUGUCCCCCUAGACCCGACAUGCCAACCAGCCAGCCCAUCGACAUCCCCGAUGCCAAGAGGCGCAACAAGAAGAAGAAGCGGUGUCGGGCCACGGACAGCUUCUCCGGGCGCUUCGAAGAUGUGUACAGGCUGCAAGAGGAGCUGCUUGGGGAGGGAGCUUAUGCUCGUGUUCAGACCUGCGUCAACCUGAUUACCAACAAGGAGUAUGCUGUCAAGAUCAUCGAGAAGAGGCCCGGCCACAGCCGAAGCCGCGUCUUCAGGGAGGUGGAGAUGCUCUACCAGUGUCAGGGACACAGAAACAUCUUGGAGCUGGUCGAGUUCUUUGAGGAAGAGGACAAAUUUUACCUGGUGUUUGAGAAGCUCAGGGGAGGCUCGGUUCUGACCCACAUUCACAAGAGGCGGCACAUUAGUGAGCACGAGGCCAGCGUGGUGGUGCAGGACAUCGCCAGUGCGCUCGACUUCCUGCACAACAAAGGUAGGAUCAGCUCACGACUGGGGGGACCGGAAGUAAAAACGUCUCCCAUCCGCCCCCCCCUGACGACUUGCCAUGUCCCCCCAGGAAUGGCUCACCGAGACCUGAAGCCCGAGAACAUCCUAUGUGAGCACAGCGACAGGGUCUCGCCUGUGAAGAUAUGCGAUUUCGACCUGGGCAGUGGGAUCAAGCUGAACAGUGAUAGCUCCCCGAUCUCCACCCCCGAGCUCCUCACGCCGUGCGGCUCGGCGGAGUACAUGGCCCCCGAGGUGGUAGAGGCCUUCAACGAGGAAGCCACCAUUUACGACAAGCGCUGCGAUCUCUGGAGCCUGGGGGUCAUCCUCUACAUCAUGCUGAGUGGCUACCCCCCCUUCGUGGGGCACUGUGGCAGCAACUGUGGCUGGGAUUGGGGGGAGCCCUGCCACGCCUGUCAGAACAUGCUGUUUGAGAGCAUCCAAGAGGGAAAGUACGAAUUCCCCGAGAAGGACUGGGCCCACAUCUCUUCCGGCGCCAAAGACCUCAUCUCCAAACUGCUGGUGCGGGAUGCCAAGAACCGGCUCAGCGCCGCCCAGGUGCUGCAGCACCCGUGGGUCCAGGGGUCGGGCCCCAACACCUUACCAACAUCUAACUUGCUGCAGAGGAACAGCAGUGCCAAGGACUUGACGGUCUUCGCGGGGAAGGCGGUGGCCAUGAACCGUCAGCUGGCCGAGCAGGAGGAGAUCGAGAAGGAGCAGCAGCAGCAGUCCCCCCUGGUGGUCACAGUGGGCUCCUGCUCCAUGCGCCUCUCGCCGCCCUCCAACUCCAAGCUGGCCAAGAGGCGACAGCGAAGCAGCCUCCUGAAGGGGGAGCCAGUCUCGGCCUCGGAGCUCCACCAGCGUCUGGCCCCGCUGGUGAUCGUGGGGGACUGCGCCUGAAGCCGUGGCCCCACCCACCCCCUCCUCCGACGAGCUCACCGCGGCCCCUCCCACCCCUCGAAGCCAGCACCCUGGACACAGCACUUAAGAGACCUGAAUUUGGAGGUGGAGGGGGGUGUGAGCUUCUGGGCGCUGGGUUUUGGACUUGACAGCAAACUGUUAGCAUGAGCUGAGACACCAAAGCAUUAGCAUUUCCUGCUGCUUCCAUGUACAACAGACUGGAUACACUGUGAAUUUAUUUCGAGAUACGAAGGACGAACCAUCAAUAAUACAUUGUUAGGAUUGCGAAGCACCCCAUCCGCAUAGGCGCACAUAGGCGCACAUAGGCACUGAUCAGGAUGUUCCGGCAGCGACCUCAGUCAGCUGGUCAGCAGCAGCACAGUGCCUGGUGACCUCUAACCUCUGACCUCUCCCGUCUCACACAGUCUGUCUAAUUGCUGAAUUUCUCCCCCUUCCUGGAUGUGACAUCCCACUCCCCCCCCCCCCCCCCCCCCCCUCCGGGUGUGUUUUUGACACGGUCUAAAGUGGGGAAUGUGAACUUUGGUUAGAAGUUGCAGAACUGCCAUUUUCGUGACUGGGUGUCGCCCCAGUGCUGGUCCGGCCGUCUCAUAGCCGCUCGACUCUCUCGACAGUGACUGUCGCUGCUGCUCAAGCGCCUCCCUGGGCCGUUGGCUCCUGUGCUUUAGUCACAAAACUGACCCAGACCUCAGUGAAAUCUCAGUAGAUCAGGUAUCUCCCCUCAGGGAGGGGGGGCAGGCUUAAUGAGGGGCGACCAUUCCGUCUCCUCCCCCUGUGAAUUUAGGUCAGGUGUGUGACUGUGUCGUAUUACUGGGUAGAGAAGCCUCAGCCGGCUGCUGUGUGUUCAGGCUGGUUUCUCCGAAAGCCGCUGCAGGUCAGUGACGUCCGUCAGAUUGAUCAGCAGAUGUCCUCUAUCGACUCCUUGUCUUCGCGUUUGGCUCGGUCUCCUUUCCCCUCAACGCUUUUUCCCCCAGAGUGGACGGGAUAGACGAGCACAGAUGAGUUUCUCAUAAGCUGUUUUCAGGGACUCAUACACCCCCGACCUCCAGUCCAGCCCGGGUGCCUUUUUAAAGCCUGCGGCAUUUGGGUCUAGCUAACUGCUAAAUUUAGCAGCAGCUUAAUCAACCCCCCCCUCCUUUUUGCCAUGGUGCCCGACUGUAAUGUUCUUUAAUCUGAGAGGUUAUAGAUCUUAAUCUUGCAGGUAAGAGCAGGAGGUGUGUGUAUUUUUGGAGGGGGUGGGGAGGGAGAUCAACAGAUCAGAGAACAUUCCAGAAUUCUUCCGCGGAAUUGUAGCUGUAUGGACGAGAUUCUCAAUGUUUACUUUAGUUUCAUUUGUGGGUGACUGAAAAACCCAGAACUGUGCCACCUUGCUGUUUUAUGGCUGUUUUUAUUAUUAUAAUUAUUAUUAUUUUUACUUUUAAAACGGGUGUGCAACUGUUUGAGUGAAACACCAAAUGUCUUAAAGCUUGUUUUAGAAAUCGUUGACCUGUGUGUGGUGUGAGCGAGGCAGUGCGAAUGUUAAAGGGGGGGAUUGGGUACUUUUUAUCUAAAUUUAUUGGUUAUAUAUAAGUUGGAGGGGGCUGCUUUCCCUCCCCCUCCUCCUUUUUUUACUUUUAUUUCUUUUUUAAGAUGCAUGUGGCUGUUUCCUCACAGGGUUGUAGACCAGAUGACUUUGAAAUCUUUGGUUCAGGUCUUAGGAGAUGGUGGUCCAAUAGUCAGACCUACACCUGGCUUAUCGGACGAGUCCUUCCAUCACCAGCUUCUCAUUCUGUGUGGUGCAGAUUGUACUUUUGUAACCUUUCCACAGAAAUCGUUCUGGAGCGGGGAGGGCGGGGGGCAUAUUCAUUUGUCUUACAGUAAGACUUUAAUUGAGUUUCUUCCGGCAUUGUUGGGGAGAGAAGCUACUUCUGCUGGAAAGGAAGGUGUGAGCUGACUUUGGUCUUUGGUUCAUUGAAGACCGUUACAAUAUCAGUAUUAUUUGGAAUCGUUCAGGCCCAUUUUACUCUGGUACAUGCUGAGCACAGCUGCAAGCAUCAGAUGGGUGUCGGGCUUCCUGUCUGGGGGGGGGGGGGCACCUCUUACAUCUUGCCAUUUUUUUUCCCAGUGUUUUGGGGUUGGGGGGGGAAUACAUUGAGAUACUGCGGAUUGUUUACUGUUCUAAUAUGCAAAGGAGCACAUUAUACUUGUAAUUCAAUCAAGUGAAUCUUAAGAGUACUGGAAGCCUUGACUCAAACCUAAGGGAGUGUCUGCAUUUUCCUUGACGUGAUGAGAUAUGUAAUAUGCUCUUUAUCCCACUCAAGGCUCGAUCAAGGGAUCAUCUGAAAGCAAUCCGAAUGUGUUUCUGCUUUUAAAAGGGACGCGUGGUGUAAGGCCCGUAUGGUUGCUGUGUGUUUAUCACAACAUGUCGAGUCUCUGGCUGUUCCCCCCCACCCUCCCCAGGGGUGAAAAUUGGAAAUGUUACAUUUUCAAAAUAAAGCACUUUAACGUGACUGGUGGGUCACUCAAAGCAAAAUUUCUGAAGACCGUCGUUUCCCCAGAAUUUUGUAUUGUAUUUUUUGAGAACUUAAAUAAAAUGCUUUGAACCACAAA